GUUCGUUCUUUGCGCGCCUGCCCAGAAAAUUAUUGUUAUCGAUAACAGAGCAGCAAGAAAAAAGUUCGGCACGCUCUUCUCUCACAUCACAUCGAAUUGAAAGCUCGCCUAGACAGACAUCUGGUGCAUCGCCCAUUUCGCCGGGUCGAGAUCGAAGCUUCGCAACCAUGGAUAUUCACCGUUGCCGCUUUGUGCCCUACCCCCCCUCGGCCAUUAAUGCCGUCGCCUUUUCAUACUCGUAUAUUCCCGGCAGGAAGUCCUCCGCACCAGUCCGCCUGGCCAUCGGCCGCGCCAACGGCGACAUCGAAAUAUGGAACCCUCUGAACGGCCAAUGGCACCAGGAGACGAUACUUCAUGGUGGAAAGGACAGAAGCAUAGACGGCCUGGUCUGGGUCAACGAACCUGACCAAGUCCUGCAGGACGGGCAUGUACUCGUCGGAAAGUCGAGGCUGUUCAGCAUCGGCUACACCAGCACCGUCACUGAAUGGGAUCUCGAGAAGAAGCGCCCAAAGAAGCAGGCGAGUGGCAUGCAUGGAGACAUAUGGUGUCUCGGUGUGCAGCCGUUCGAGAUCCCCGGCAAGAAAGGCCAGCCCAACAAGAUUGCCCAGACUGGCAAGAGGCUCGUUGCUGGCACCAUGGACGGCAGUCUCGCCCUCUACUCGAUUGACGACGACGACUUACGCUUCGACCGUAUCCUUGUGCGAUCUCCCUCCAAGAAGACAAAGAUGGUCAGCAUUGCCUUCCAAAACCGCAACAUUGCCGUCGUUGGAUGCUCCAACAGUGCUGUUCAGGUAUACGAUAUGCGAAACGGUAACCUGCUGCGCAAGAUGACGUUGGGCUCCGACCUGGCUGGCGGAACCAAGGAAAUCAUUGUCUGGUCCGUCAAGUGUUUGAGCGAUGGUGACAUUGUGUCGGGUGACUCCACCGGUCAUGUAUGCAUAUGGGAUGGAAAGACCUACUCUCAGGCACAGCGACUGCAGGGCCAUAAGCAGGACGUACUUUCGUUAGCUGUCAGCGCAGAUGGCUCCACAAUCGUCAGUGGAGGCAUGGACAAGAGAACAAUUCUUUACAGGAAAACGACCGGCUCUAGCUCCAGGUGGGGCAAAGUCUGGCACAGGAGAUACCACAGUCACGAUGUCAAGACAAUGGCCUCAUUCGAAGGUCCAGGCAUGAGCAUCAUCGUGUCAGGAGGUCCCGACGCCCAGCCCAUUGUACUUCCCUUGCGAGAGGCUGGAAUGGAGAACCACAGGACAUUGUCCAACCUGCCUCAGAAUGUACCUCUGAUAAGCGCUCCAAGGGCUAGAUUAGUUGUUAGCUGGUGGGAUCGUGAGGUCCAUGUCUGGCGCCUGCAGAAGCCACUCAAAGAGAUAGUAGACUUUGCAGGCAUCGACUCUGCUGUGACCAAGAACCGAAAGCUCCUCGCUAGAAUCCUUGUCAAAGGCGAAGCCAACAUCACUUCCGCUACCAUCAGCAGUGAUGGAACGCUCCUCCUUGUGUCCACGACUUCUGACAUCAAAGCUUUUCACCUCAAACCCCGAAGCGAUGCCAGAAAAGACGAGCUCAAAGUGUCCAAGGUCGACGUCCCGGCCGCUAUUGCUGAGCAAGGAGCUACCAGCCUCAAGAUAUCUCCGGAUGGACAGUGGGUCUGCGCAGCUCAGGCUGGAAGUAAGGUCUCGCUAUUGCAGCUAUCCCAAGACUCUGAAGAUAACAAUCGCCCCGUCAUCCAGCAAAGGCCAAUCAAGCUAAACCGGCUGAAGCGCAACAUUCCGAAACACAUCAUUCUUGGUGGGCUCGGUCAGUAUGACAGGAGUAUUACGCAAAUCUCCUUCUCGCCCGACACCAAAAUGCUUGCUGUGGCUGACAUGGCUGGUUAUAUCGAUACAUGGCUGCUUCAGGACCCAUCACAGCUCACGAAUGGGGUUGAUGGCCACUCCGAUGAUUCGAGCGACAACUCCGAUAGCGAAGACGAGAGCGCGUCAGGUCGCGUUGGUGUGCGCUGGGUUCGCAACCCCAAUAGCUCACUGGUACCCAAACUGCAUGGCGCACCUACAGUGCUUUCGUUCUCGAGCCACGUACCGACGGAGCACCUCAACAUGAUUGAUGGGGGUGACGAAGCGACCGAUGAUUAUGUCUUACUCGCAAUUACCGCACGACCUCACAUCUUGGCGAUACAUCCCACGAUCGGAUCUAUCACUCCUUGGUCUAGGCGAAACCCGACCACCCGCUUUCCCGUCGAGUUUCGCAAUAUCCGUGACUUGGUCAAGGGUGCCCUUUGGGCUGGUGAUCGUGUAUGGCUCUAUGGCAACAGUUUCCUUGUCAUGCUGGACAUGUCCAAGGACAUCGCAGAAGAGGUGACGAAUCCAUCUUCUGCACUGGUGCCCCUCGAUGAUCAACCUGCAAGACCAAAGAAGCGCAAGCGAGGUGGAGACACUGGUGCUGGUAACAAGAUGACCAAGGGUGCGACUGGUCCUACCAGGAUCGAACGACAUGCCGAGGGCGAAGUGGAGGAACUCAACCUUGAUGGGCCCGAUGCCAUGGAUACCGAUGCUACCAGUGCUCCGGACGACGACAGCGAAAGCGAGGACUCAGAAGACGAGCUGCAAGGCGAGCUGGUGUCGAGGCGCAGGGCAGAAGGCAGGAAAGGUCCAGAUGCACCGCCCAGCCAAGGCACUGGAUUUUGGCACACGUUGAAAUAUAGACCAAUCAUGGGCAUUGUGCCUCUUGAAAAUGUUGAGGAAGGAGCGCAUAACGAUGAUGUUGUAACGCCUUACGCAAACGGACAAAUUCGCCAGACACUCGAAGUUGCCCUGGUGGAGAGGCCCUUGUUUGAGACAGAUAUGCCUGACAGAUACUUCGCCGAGGGCGAGUUUGAGAGGUAGCAUAAAACGGUUUUUUAUUGCUUGAAGCAUGUUGGAGAAAGAAGAUAAUGUAAAUUCAUACUCGUGUCAAGGCGUUCGUAAACAGCCACUUCUGGUGAGAUUCCAACAUACCAUGUUGUUACGGGGACUGAGCACCCGUGUGUGCUAAACUUUGAUCACCAAUUUCUCAAUCAAUUUACGGAUCCUGGUUAUUAUAAUGGUUCUAUGAAACUGCAUAUUAUUACCCAUGUGUCAUACAUGUUUCGUGAGUGUCUUCUCGAUAUUCACGGCCUUGGAGAUCGGGUAAGGUAUAGAUUAUGGCAGAGUCUCCGAUGCGCUUUCUCUGCUAGAUUAUAUGUAUCCUUUGGUGAG